UGCGUUGCUCUCUGCAGCAACUUUCACUUUUGAUUUCGUCCCCACGUGACUUCGAGGAACUCGAGUAGGUUACAAAAGGUAAUCAAUUCGUCGUGAUAUUUGACUGUAGGAAACAGUAUCAGUCCGUAUUUUCUCAGGCCGAUUCGAUAAUGAGUGACUCUGACGCCGUCAAGCCGCUUGUGAAUGGAAAGAUGGAUAACAUCGAUGAUGAAGAACAGAAACUGUCUGUAGCCAAGGAAGAGCUGAAUAAAUUGACGAAACAACUUGAGAAGGCAGAGGACGAAAAAUCUAGGCUGCAGUUGGCAAAACUGAGCGCAGAAGAUUCAAAGAAAGAGGCUUCAAAAAAUGUGAUGGUCCUUCAACAACAGGGGAAGCAACGUCAGGAGGAGUUCUCUAAAACUGUGAAAGGGAUACAGAAUGAUAUCUCGAUGCUUGAGAAGGGUAACAAAGAUCUGAUGGAGAAACUGAAGAAAAGCCAGGCUAAGCUACAGGCUAAGAAGAGCGAGUCUGCUACACUUCAGCAGAGGUUUAAGAUCUAUGUCCAGAUCCCUGAAAAGAAGGUGAAGUUCACCCAUAAGGUGGAGGACAGCGAUGACAGCGGUCAACACAUCAAGGGGGUGUUUACCAUUGCCCAGAGACCAUCAGUGCUCCUGAAGGGGGGGCAGGCUCUCAUCACUUUUGAGGAGGAGAAAGUGGCUGCCCAGAUCCUGAAGAUGGCCAAGUGUACUGUGUCCUGUGAUAAAGACAAGGUGCAUGUGAAGCCCAAAAGCCUUACACUGGACCCCUUUGUCAAGUUUGAGGUACACCUUGAUGUCUCCACAAAGACACUCAGCUUCUCCAAUGUUCCGUUCACCCUGACAGAGGAACGAAUGAGAGACCGUCUGGAGAUCAGCUUCUCCAAGCCCAGUCGAGGGGGAGGAGAGGUGCAGAGGGUGGACUAUGACAAGCACACUGGGAAAGGACAAAUCACCUUCCUCAACUCUGGAGUUGCAGAGAGGCUGGCCCUGAAAAGGAAGUAUGUCGUGGAUAUGGACCGUGAGGUGAAUGUGAAAGUUGACCUUGUUUACAACUACAAGCUGAAGAAGUUUCAGACGUUCUGCGGCACUCCGACGCGCACCAUCCUCCUGUGCGGGAUUACAGACUUCCAGGAUGAGGAGGACCUGCAGGAUCACCUGGAGAUUCACUUCCAGAAGCCCAGUAACUAUGGAGGGGAGGUGGAGUGCAUCAAGUAUGUUUCCGGGGGCAACGAGGUCAAGGCCUUCUUCACUGAGGACAUGGCUGAGAUGGAGGCUUAACAUUAACAAACGGCCAUCCUCUUACGAUACAUCUAUGCUCAUGUUUCUCAGUACUUAGUUGGUACCACAUGAAUGAACCUUAGUGAUGAUGUAUUCAUCCGCAUUUACCAUAAUCUAUACCCCACUGACAUGCAGCACUAUAUUAUACCAAAACUGAUCUGUAAGUCUUGGGGAAUUAGUUAUGUCAACUUUGUAUACUGACAAAGUUUAACAAGGCCUUAAAACGUGCAUGAUAAUGCCUUGUGCAGUGCCUUAAGUUUAGAAUAAUAUUGAUUAGAAGGAUCUUUAUAGUUAUAUAGUCAAACUCUAUUAGAAGGGGACAAAUGAAAAUGCACAGUAGUUGUAGUAUUUUUGUGCUUAUGGACAAUUUUUUGGAUCUUUUAUUUCAGCUCAUGAAACAUGAGACGACCACUUUCCAUGUUGUGUUGAUAUUUUUGUUCAGUGUACAACUCAACUGUAAAUAAAGACUGCUGAAGGCCA